UUUAUCAAAGAGUAGAUUAGAUUUUAUUUCAUUUGUAAUAUUAAUUAACAUUAUAAAGUUCUGGUUCCAAGUUUUCGACAAGGAAACAUGGUUAUUGUUUAUCUAAAUCUUAUGGUUACAUUAAAACACAAGAAGUAGCAAUCUGUACAGUACACUGUUGAGUGUUUUUUGGUACUGUCUAAACUUCAAAGUAAACAAACAUUAUGAACGUGGAUAAACAAGAGCAAGACUGUGCAGUUUGUUUACAAAAAUGUCAUCAUCCUACUCAGUUGCCAUGUGGUCAUAUUUUCUGCUUCCUUUGUGUGAAGGGUGUUGCUAUACAAAAUAAAAAAUGUGCUAUGUGUCGUGCAGCAAUACCUUCUGACUAUCUUGACCAUCCCAUAUUACUGGAAAAAUUAUCACCUCAACAAUCAACUAUUGGAACUAUAAGUGAAGAUUAUCAAUGGUAUUAUGAAGGACGGAAUGGUUGGUGGAAGUAUGACGAGCGCAGCAAUGAUGAACUGGAAAUGGCGUUCAAUGCUGGAGAAGCAAACUGCUCACUUCUCUUAGCCGGCGCUUUGUACAGCGUAGAUUUUCAAAGUAUGAUUCAAGUCCGACGAAGUGAUCCGACUCGACGCAGACAUGUUCGACGAGAUGUGCCAACGUUACCCGCUAAAGGUAUAGCCGGAAUUAAAACCUUUGAUAACAGACAAACCGAACCAACGAAAACAAACACUGAAAACGACUCUAAUGAAGUGGAAGUCAUCAGCAACCAUUCUGAAAGUGAAGUUAUUGUGAUUGAUGAUGAAGAGGAAAAUGAUGUUGCUCCAAAUGUGAGCGCCCAUUCCAAUUCGUCUAUUGAAAUAAUUAAUGUUUUUAGCACUAUAAAUUUGGCAGAUCCAGAAUCCCCGGAUGACUUACUAACUAAUGAAGAUACCUGACUGUAAAUAUAUGAGAAAUAAUCAUUGUUGUCAAUUAGUUAUUAUCUAUAAAUUUGUUGUACAUGAUGUAUUACUUUAUUUUAUGUAAAAUUGUUGUUCUAAAUAGUACCUAAUAAAUUUUCUCGAAUAUGAAUACGC